AUGCCUAUAGAACGUUCGCCAAAUCCAAAGCAGCAAGACGAUGAACAAAAUAGUGAAAUAUUCCGCGGAUUUCGAAGUGAUGAAAUGGGCGCUGCAGGUAUGACGCGUUCGAAAGAAUUAGCUGCAGUUUGUCGUCAGCACAAUCAGGUGCAGCAAAAAGUAGUGCGUAUACGAAAUGUAUUGCGAGACGAAAGUGGUAUGGUAUUGGCCCAGCUAAAUGUGAUUUCGAAAAACCUGUCAGCUGCGUAUACCGAAUUCAGCGGAUUUCACAGUGAAAUGAUGGUCCUCAUUACUGAUGAUGAAGUUUCCGAAGAAGAAGUGUACGAACAAUUUGAAAAACUGUACAAUUUUGUGUCUACGAUUGUCGAAGAUCGUAUUUUAACCGCUAAAGCCCAUUCACUCGUUCCGUCGCCGGCAUCAUCGCAAAUGAUUAUACAACAGCAGCCUUUAAAAAUGCCCAUUCCGACCUUUAGUGGUGAUUACUCCGCGUGUCCUAAAUUUAAAGCCAUCUUUCAGGAUCUGAUGGCCAAGUCAGGUGAUUCUGAUGCUAUUAAACUUUAUCACCUUGAUAAGGCACUGAUCGGUUCCGCUGCCGGUGUGCUUGAUGCUAAAAUUUUGAGCGAAGGAAAUUACAGCCAAGCAUGGGAUGUGCUGACUGAACGGUUUGAAAAUGAAAGAGUAAUCGUAGAGUCACACAUCAGAGGACUACUAAAUUUGCAGAGAAUGUCGGCAGAGACUUAUAAGGAUUUGCGUAGCCUGCUAGACGAGGCAACAUGGCAUAUCGAAAGCCUACGUUUUCUAAAGCAGGAGUUGACCGGUGUCUCUGAGCAUAUGGUAGUAUACCUGAUUUCUAACGCCCUUGAUAAUUCCACACGAAAAGCUUGGGAAGCAAGUCUCAAGAGAGCAGAAUUGCCGAAGUACGAUCCAACGAUUGCGUUUCUCAAAUCCAGAUGCCAAAUACUGGAGAAUUGUGAAACAGCAUCCCGGCCAUUAAGCCAUCAACCCAAACCGAAGAAUCCUCCUAUGCCCGUGAAGAUGCCACUACACCGAAGCCACACCGCUGUGGCAAAGCCAGCCGAAAUGAAAUUUCCCGUCAACGUUUGUGUAUUCUGUGGUGGCCAGCAUCUGAAUUUUCAAUGUAACAAAUUGAACGACCUCUCCGCUGCUCAAAAGAUAGAAAAGGUCAAAGCAUCUGGAAUUUGCUUUAAUUGCUUUAGAAGAGGACAUCGCUCCAAGGACUGUCCUUCCGAAAAAACCUGUCGCAAAUGUCAAAAACGACAUCACACCCAACUCCACGAUGAUGCAGAAGCUGCAACCCGAGAAGUAAGCCUAAGCUCUUCUGUCCCAAAUGAACAAGCUGAUGCUCCGAAGAUUGUCGCACCCGAGAUUGAAUCGAUUUCAACGACUUGUUCUGGUAACCAUACUCAAGCCACGAAAACAGUGCUACUACUGACCGCAGUGAUAAAUGUCUUUGAUCGAAAGAAUGAACUGCACCCAUGCCGCGUGCUGCUAGACAGCGGUUCGCAAGUGAACUUUAUUACCGAACGAAUGGCCAAUUUGCUGGCUAUCCCGAAGCAACGUGCUAUGGUCCCAAUCAUUGGAAUUAAUGCUCUCCGGACGCACGCAAAGGACAAGAUAAAAGUACACUUUUGUUCCCGCUAUUACGAUUACCACAAUCAACUUGAAUGUUUGAUCAUACCGAAGAUAACUGAACCUAUACCGACAACGAAGAUUGACAUUACGCACUGGAAUAUUCCAAAUGGAUUUAUUUUAGCCGACCCUGAAUUUCAUACGCCAGCGAAGGUGGAUUUAUUAAUAGGCGCAGAGCUAUUUUGUGAUUUGAUAAAACCUGGACACCUACAGCUUGCCGAGAAUUUACCGAAACUACGAGAAACCAGCCUAGGGUGGAUUGUAGCCGGAGCAGUAGAAGCAAAUUUAUUGCCAGCCUCGUUGCAGCAUGCCAAUUUAGUUUCUGUUGGUGACGUUGACGAUUGGAUGCGUCGCUUUUGGGAAAUAGAAGAUGUUCCUAAUGUAAGUAAAUAUUCAUCCGAGCAACAAGCGUGCGAGGAACAUUUUAAGAAUACUUGCCGUCGAAAUGAGAGUAGCAGAUUUAUUGUUCGGUUGCUGUUUAAAGAGAAUUUUUUCCAAUUGACUGACAACCGUGCACUCGCUCUCAAGCGAUUUUCCUUUUUGGAGAAGCGACUACAACGAGAUCCAAACUUGAAGGUGCAAUAUCAGGACUUCAUCCGAGAAUACGAGUCUCUCGGCCAUUGCCACGAGAUCGAUGAAUCUAAAGAUCCUCCUGACGUGCGCAUGUAUUAUAUGCCACAUCACGCGAUAAUCCGUCCUUCUAGCAGCAGCACUAAAUGCAGAGUGGUGUUUGAUGCUAGUGCAAAGCCGAAACCUUCAGCAAAAUCUCUCAACGAUGUACUCAUGGUUGGCCCAGUAGUGCAGGACGACCUGUUCUCAAUUAUGCUACGCUUCAGAAAGUAUAAGGAAAACGAUGGAAACGAUAUGGACGAUGCACUAUCCGGCGCCGAUGCUCUCUAUGAAGCUGUUGAGAUCCGACACCAAUUGCAGACGCUGCUCAACCGAGGGGGUUUCACCAUUCAUAAAUGGUGUUCGAAUUCCGAUGCAUUCAGGGACAUACCUGAACAGUGCCGAGAGAAAAAAAUGCCCGUACCUGAAUACGGAGCAAACGAGGUGAUUAAGCUGUUGGGUUUACUAUGGGAUCCACGAAAUGAUAUUUUCCUCAUUGUAAAUACCCACCAUCAGCCGCCGACUCGUGAUUUCAUAACCAAAAGGAUCAUUUAUUCUGAAGUAGCUAGACUUUUUGAUCCUAUUGGACUGAUAUCCCCUGUCAUUGUGUUAGCUAAACUACUGGUACAGCAACUAUGGAAGAAGAAAGCUGAAUAA